UCACGCACUAAAACACACAUACACACACACACAUAUAUCAGAUUUGUAUCUUCCCAUUUUUAGGCCUAUUUCAUCUCUUACCUCCAACCAAAAGUCUCUCUGGGUUUUUGCCAUAUUUGUAAUCAUACCCCUCUCUCUCUCUCUUCUCUCUCUUCUUCUUUUUUUACCACACUCUUUUUCUCCUCUCAUUUUCACAUCACUCAUUUUUGGCAAAUUCUUACAAUACUUUGCACAAUCGCAGUUUACACGCAGUUGAGUGUGAAAAUGGUGAGAGGGAAGACACAGAUGAGGCGUAUAGAGAACGCAACAAGCAGACAAGUGACCUUCUCAAAGAGAAGAAAUGGGCUGCUCAAGAAAGCAUUUGAGCUUUCUGUCCUCUGUGAUGCUGAGGUGGCACUCAUAAUCUUUUCCCCUAGAGGCAAACUCUAUGAAUUUGCUAGUUCCAGCAUGCAUGACACGAUUGAUCGAUACCAAAAAUAUACGAAAGAGAUUCAAGCUCACAAACCCCCCGAAGAACAUAAUAUGCAGCAAUUAAAGCACGAAGCAGCAUGUAUGAUGAAAAAGAUCGAGCAGCUUGAAGCAUCGAAAAGAAAGCUACUUGGUGAAGGUUUAGGUGCAUGCACCUUCGAAGAACUGCAGCAGAUAGAACAGCAGCUCGAGCGCAGCGUCGGUACCAUUCGUGCAAGAAAGAUGCAAGUAUACAAGCAGCAGAUUGAGCAGUUGAAAGAAAAGGGGAAAGCCCUCGCUGCUGAAAAUGCCAUGCUGUGUGAUAAGUUUGGACUCCAAAAACAACAACGGGGAUCGAACGAAGAGAGAGCAAUUGUGCCGUCUACAGAGAUAAGUGAAGUUUCAGAUGUCGAGACAGAAUUGUUCAUUGGCCCCCCCGAGACGAGGAACAAGCGUCCUUUCCAGAAAUGAAUUUUAUUUAAUUAUAUGUGAAAAAAAUAUAUUAAUUAUCCGUUUUUUCGUUUCGCCUUCUGUAAGUUUUAUAUAUAAGUAUUUUUUCUACAUUUGGCUUUACUAUUUUCAUUUUCAAUUAAUUAGUUCCUGCUACUUGGAAUUGCAAAUAAAUUGCCUAUUUUGGAGAUGUGAAUCAUCACAUUCUUCUUUGUUUUUUUUUUUGCUUGGAAUAUGUAUGUAUUGUUCAUCAAGUUGGCAAUUUAUUUAUGAUCCUAUGAGGAGCUAUGUAUUAAGUGUA